UCCUCACUCUCACUUGAGCCUUUUCCGAACCACUCUCAACCGCCUCUCUCUCUCUCUCGGCAUCCACCACUGCUCUUAUUUGUCGCACAAAGAACCCUAAAACCCAUGCAGAGGUUCUCCUCCCCUUGUUCCCGCGGCCGAGAAGAAUUUUGAUUCUUCGCAUUGAUGUGGAAACGGAGAUCCGCCCGAUCCGAGAAACGUCAACAAAGAAAAAAGCAACGCCAUUAUUAAUUUGGACUGCGGUAAAACGGCCACAGUCCAUUAUUACCUUUUGUUUAUUAUGUUAAGAUACAGGGGAGCACUGCACUUCUGCUCUGCAACGUGGUGCCAUCGUGCUCCCGCUUCAAUGGAUCUAGGGUUUUGGAAGUGUUAGUCGCGAGGAAGAAGAUAUGGGAUCCAAGCUACCAUCUUUCAUCUGUUUUGUUCUGUUUCUCACAUUUCCCCAUUCUACUCUCUCCGGCGAUGUGGAAGCUCUGCUUUCUCUCAAAACUGCGCUUGACGCCUUCGACCGCCUUCCAUGGCGAAAGGAAUCCGGCAACGAGCUCUGCACGCGCUGGCCCGGAGUUAAGCAAUGCUCCCCCUCCGGCAGAGUCAUAAAGCUCGUCCUCGAAUUUCUCAACCUCACCGGAACCCUGGCGGCGGAAUCUCUGUCCCCUCUGGACCAACUUCGCGUCCUCAGCUUCAAAUCCAACUCGAUUUCAGGCGAAAUCCCUAACCUAUCCGUGCUGCCCAAUCUCAAGUCUCUUUACCUCAACGACAACCAUUUUUCCGGGCAAAUCCCGGCUUCUCUCGCCUCCAUCCACCACCUCAAAACCAUCGUUCUGUCCAAUAAUCGCCUCUCCGGCAACAUCCCCAGUUCUUUUGUCAGACUUGCUCACCUCUACUCCCUUCAGCUACAAAGCAACCGCCUCACGGGAACAAUCCCAGCACUAAACCAACCCACUCUACGCUUUCUCAACCUUUCCGACAACAACUUCUCAGGUGAAAUACCGGCGACUCGUGCCUUCUCUCACUUUAAUGAAUCCUCUUUCCUGAACAACCACGACCUCUGCGGUGCACAAAUCAGGCGUCCAUGUCCUAAAAGUCAAAACUUUCCCCCUCCCCCUGCCAAAAAACCUCCCUUUUCCUCCUCCCACAGCCGCAACACGAAGAAGCUUGCAGCUAUCAUCGCCGGUUCGGUCGCCGGUUUCCUGCUUCUGCUAAUUUGCUUGGUGCUGGUACUUUUUAUGACAUUUUUGAAAAAGAGGAAUGCUGGAAAAAGCAAAGCCAUUGACGUUGCCCCCUCCACAGCCGCAGCUGGCGGCGGCGGCGGCGGAGGAAAGGCUGGAUUUUCAUGGGAGGGCGAAGGGUUAGGGAAACUUAUUUUUGUAGGCGGGGUGAAUGGAUUAUAUACAUUGGAAGAUUUGCUCAAGGCUUCGGCGGAGACAUUGGGGAGGGGUACUGUUGGGAGCACGUAUAAGGCUGUGAUGGAAUCUGGUUUCAUUGUGACAGUGAAGAGGUUGACGGAAACAGGCCCGGUGUCGCCGGAGGAUUUCCGGCGUCGGAUGGAGGAUCUCGGGCGGUUGCGGCACCCGAAUCUGGUUGCUCUUCGGGCUUACUUCCAGGCGAGGGAGGAGCGGCUGCUGGUCUAUGAUUACUUUCCCAAUGGGAGCUUGUUCUCGCUCAUACAUGGUUCACGGCCAACCGGAUCAGGGAAGCCGCUGCACUGGACUUCAUGUCUUAAAAUCGCGGAGGACGUAGCUACAGCUCUUCUUUACCUCCACCAAUCGGGAGCCAUCCAUGGCAAUCUCAAGUCCUCCAAUGUUCUCCUCGGCCCAGACUUCGAAUCCUGCCUCACAGACUUCUCCCUCCUCCUCCAUUCCCCAAACUCCGACCACUCCUCUUCCUCCUCCCUCUUCUACCGUGCUCCCGAAUGCCGCAACACCAUCCAUUGCUCCUCCUUCUCCCCGCCCUCCGACAUCUACAGCUUCGGCGUCCUCCUCCUGGAGCUUCUCACCGGCAAAACCCCCUUCCAAGACCUCGUCGAUCGGCACGGCGCCGAAAUCCCUGCUUGGGUUCGUGCGGUUCGCGAAGAGGAGAAGGAAGCCGGCGCGUCGGCGGAUGACUCCUCGGCUUCGAUUGGAGGCGAUGCGGUGGGGGAGGGCAAGCUGGCGGCCUUGAUUGAGAUAGCGAUGGCUUGUUUGGCGGGGGAGCCUGAGAUGCGGCCGGCAACGAAGGAGGUGGUGCGGAUGGUGAGGGAGGCGAGAGCGGAGGGGGCUGCAUCAGUGUCGUCGAAUAGCAGCGGCGGUGGAGGAGGCCGAGGAGAGAAUAAUGGGCACUCGCCGGGGCGGUGGUCGGAUACCGUGCAGAGCUUGCCGAGGGAAUAUGGUGCCGAAAAUCUCAGUUUUGCAGAGAGGAAUUGAGUGCGGGUUGGAUUUGAAAUGGGAAUUGAGUGUUGUAGGGAUUAAUAUGUAAUGGUCGAAUUGGGAGGAUUGAUUGUGCUUUUUUUACUGAUUUGUAGAGUUUGAUGUAUAUCAUUUAUUUUGAUUUUAGUCAUGGAAAUUUGAUACUUUGGUUAAGAGGAUAGAUGGCAAUUCUAAAAAUCAUAGAUUAGU